AUUAACGCGCCAUAGGUCACGUACUACAUGACGAAAUGUUUUCAUGUAAGUCACGUUUACCAAGCAUUUCUCGAGUAUUUACGGGUCUGAGUUUCGGAUAUUGCAACAUUUCUCUGGAUUCAGUCAACAUAAACUGAAGUUUACCAGAUAUGACAAUAUCUCGGGUUGCUUGUGUCGUAUCGACAAACUGGUUACGUGAACAGUUGGGCACGAACAUCAAAAAUCAGAUCUCCAAAAAACUACGUAUUCUCGACACAUCUUUCCUGAAAAACAAAGAAGUCGAUACUUAUACCACAUGUUACCUUCAAGAGCACAUACCACAGUCUGUAUACUUUGGGUUGCACAACUGUGUAGAAAGCACACCAGAGCUUCCCCGUAAUUUACCGGAUCCACAAUGCUUUUCUGAAUAUGUGCGGACUUUAGGAGUGCACCCAGACACCCAUAUUGUGGCAUAUGACAGAUUUGGACCUACGCCGGCGUUCCGAGCAUGGUGGAUAUUUAGGCUGUACGGCCACAAGAAUAUCUCAGUGCUGGACGGAGGACUCAGAAAGUGGAUAGCAGACGGGUACGAGACCACCAAUGAGUUAGUCACUGUUGAGCCCUCGAAUUUUGAAGCAAAACUAGACAAAUCUUUGAUACGUUCAUACGAAGACAUGGUGAGGAACGCCGAGACAAAACAUGAACAAGUACUUGAUGCGAGAGCAGUUGACUGUGACACUAUAACUAAUGAAGACAUGGAUGGUGGCGUGAUACCAGGGGCAAAACAUAUUCCAUUUGAAAAUCUCUUCAGCAGCGAUGGUACAUUUAAAUCUGACACAGAAAUCAAAGCUUUAUUUGACGGUGCGGGUGUGAAUCUGGAGGCGCCGAUGGUGGGGUCGUGCUUUACGGGUAUGACCGCUUGCGGCAUUGCUGCAGCCGCCUACGUACUUGGCAAGGACAUUCCCAUCUAUUAUGGUUCGUGGACAGAAUGGCGUCAAAGGGCUCCGGAAGAACUUAAACAGCGAUAUAAGAAAGCAAGUUGAAGCAUCACCACGUGCACCUUUGAGUGUAAAGUAUAUGACUGUGAUAUUUCCACAUAGUUCCGAUUUGUGUUCAUUCUGAGAAUAUGACACCGAUAUCAAUACUCAUUCAUGUACUGUAUAUACGUACGUGCGGAGGAAUGAAAAAUCGACAUAUUUGAACUUAGACCAUGUGCAUUUGGAAGUUUUAAACCACAAAUACAUUCCUAGUGUGUACUGCUUCAAAUAUUUUAUACGUAAUUGUCACGACGUAUUCCUCUUCUUUCACUUACGCCCAUUUGCACGACAAUACUAUUUCCUCAUGAAAAAUCAAAUUGCUGAAAGCACUGAAACUUGGGUGGAACUGAAAAGAAGAGGCAACUGAAGGGAAUGCCGAACAGUAAUAAGACAAAAGGCGGGAUACAGACAAAGAGAACGGAUAUAGGAGAUUUUGAAUGAGGUUUGAACGGAUAUAGGAGAUUUUGAAUGAGGUUUUGAGAGCACUGAUGUUAUCGUUGUCAGGAUUGUCAAGAUACUUCUGAAAUAUAUUUUUUUUACUUUUACUGAAAUACGGGUUACGUGGCCAAUGGCUUGUUGUAUUGUGGAUAAGUUGAUAUUAUUUUUGAAUCUUUUUUACAUACAAAAUAUUAACAUAUGAACCAUAAUUUUGACGUUGGGAAAACGACAACAAUGGAGGAGAAAUUGAGACUUAAUAUUUGUAAUGAGUUACUCAAGAUGCAGUAUAAAUCCAGUAUCAGUUAAUUUUGACAUAACGAAAUUCAUCAUCUACAUUUUUGUAAAAAAAAAUAGCGUACAUUUGUUUACAUUCACUUUGACUUUCAGCUAAUUCCUUGUACAUGCUUGUUUAGUGAAUUAAAUUAAAAGAAAAUAUCUCAAAACAAG